ACUUAGCGGAUUUGACGGUAUGGAGGAGGUGCAGACAUCGCGCGCACCGAGUCUGGCCGCCGCUGUCGCGUGCUGGGCUAUACUUUGGACGUUUAUCCUGAAUGUCGUACCAGCGGGUGUUAAGGGCCGCAACCACAUCAUCACGCUGAACGCAGCGCACGGCGUCGUGUCCACGAUCUCUUCCACGAUUACGCUCUACUAUGGGCUGGACACGACCAUCUCGGUGGCCGUCUCACUCUCAUUCUUCCUCGUGGAUCUCGCUGCUAUGGUUUAUUCGGACGGAGUGAAAAACCUCCUCUCGCUCAGACAAUCGCGACUAAUGGACUACGGCCAUCACGUCUUCGGUCUAUACUGGGGUGUGUUGCUCUUUGUGAACGAACCUACUGUGUGUGAUGUAUCGUUCGGUAACCCGUACGUCUGGAUACAAACGAACGAGGUGAGCACGGGCUUCUACAACUGGUACCGACUCACGGACAGUACUGUGGCGGGAGCCUUGUUUGCCAGCUCCUUCUUCUUGUCCCGAGUGGUGUUUAAUACUGUCUACAUCAUUCCGAGGGUGGCCAAGCAGUGUCAGCCACUGUACGUGCUGGGCUGCUCGCCGUUCUUCAUGUUGCAAUACGCCUGGUUCUAUAUGAUCGCACGCAAGCUGGUUCCGAGUGCACCUCAGGGCGAGCAAACAAAGGGCACACCGACCACAGGCGAGCGUCGCGCGGAGACAGAGACUAAGAAGGACGCCUAAUGAGGAUUGCGACCGUCAGCAGGGAGAGAUUCGUGUGCUAUAGACUCUGAACAAGAAUUGAUUGUCCAUAUGACCCAAUCGCCAUUACGUGCCCCCCCCCCCCCCCGC